AUGGAUUCAUCAGUAAGGAUUAAUAAUCAUUCUCUUCAAAAAUUCAUUCUACGGGAUUAUUGUCGUUUGGUAUCGGUUCAAGAUAUCAAAACUCUAAUUACUUAUAUUCCAAAUACAAGCAAAAUCGAAUUGAAAUUCUAUUGUAAUGUUCCAUUUAUUUCUCUAAUUCAAUAUCUUUCAAAUAGUCUUAGUCAUUUACGUCGAUUUGAUUGUUAUAUAACAGAAUGUCCAAUUGAUUCUGCAACAAGUUUGACAAAUAUUCAACAAGUUCAUCCAUGUUUCAAUCGUAUUACAUGUCCAAUACAAGAAACAAAUUUUCGAAUAUUCGACACACAAUAA